AACAAAAGACUUAAGCAUCUACAUAUGUUAAGAAAUCGUAUAGAAUUUAAUAAGGACAAAAAUCAAAACCCAAAUCUACGCUUAUAGUACAGAGAGAAACGGUGGAACAUUCACUGAACCGAAGAAUGUAAAGAGUAGAGAAAACUGGAGAGUUUAUCAUGAUUUAACUCAAAAAGGGUCUAUAGUUUCUUCUUGUCCAGUUGGUACUGUCUUGUUUCUUGUUUUUUUUUUUUGUUUUGAAUUGAGAUGAUGGAUGGUGAUCAAGAUAACACUCUCCAACAUGGCUCCCGACAAGAUAUUUCUCCUACUACUAUGAAUGGAGUUUCUGCUGAGAUUACUGAAGAGAUAUCACCAAGCCAACAUGAAAGAUGGAGAGACCUUGUGUUUGAUAUACAGUUGAGAGCACAAGAAGACGCUCAUGACGAUUUCUUGAGAGCCAAUGAAUCCUUCCCUCCUUAUACUCCAAGUCCUGUGUCCAAAAGGUUCAACUUCUCUCCCAUGGCAAGUCCUAGAAUCGGGAGACGCGUUGGUUCCAUGAGUCCUUCCUCCUCAAGAAGGACUACUCUCAAGAAUGUCUUUAACUUCAAAGGGCAGAACAACAAUGCAGAUAUUGAGGAAGGUGUGGCAUUGGUGUAUGAGGGCAGAGAUAAGUAUAAUAUUCCAAGAACAUGGUCUCUCACUAAUAUCUUAACUCCUAAAAGAUCCAAGAAGACAGAGUCUUUACCUGUUACCCCUUUAGCUCAUUCAAAUCCUGAGUCCAUGCAUGGGAGAUAUGCAGUUGAUCGAGUUACAUCCAUGAAAAGAGAGCGGACACUGCCUAUUCGCCGCACACGUUCUGUCCCAACGCUCAUCGACAAAUAUGGCAAUGUGAAGCCCGUAGGGGUUUUCCGUGUGAUUCCUACUCCUUCUCGUGUGGAUACAGAGAGUCUAGAGUUGAUGCAUGAACGUCACGAUGGUGGAGAAGAUGUUUCUGAAGAGGAAGCUGUGUGCAGAAUCUGCAUGGUUGAGUUAGGACAAGAUUCAGAAGCUUUCAAGAUGGAAUGCAUGUGCAAAGGAGAACUAGCUCUUGCCCACAAAGACUGCACUAUCAAAUGGUUCACAAUCAAAGGGAACAUAACAUGUGAUGUGUGCAAGCAAGAGGUGAAAAAUCUCCCUGUGACACUUCUCCGUGUGGAAGAUGAUUCUCAGGACCUGUCUAGUGGAGCAGAGCAUACAGAGAGUAACCAAGGGAAAGAUGUGCCGAUUCUUGUCACGGUUAGCAUGCUUGCAUACUUCUGUUUCCUUGAGCAGCUUCUGGUGAUGGAUAUGAAAUCGAGUGCCGUUGCAGUAGCUUUAACAUUCGCUUGCAUUAUUGGUCUUCUUGGAUCAGCGACAUCCACAACAAUGGUGAAGGGGAAGUAUGUGUGGAUCUUUGCAACCAUUCAGUACAGUAUCGUGGUCCUUUUCGGUCAUGUUUUCUACUCAAAAUUUGAUGUAAAGCAGCCGGUUACGUGCAUUGUCAUAGCCACUGUGGUCGGAUUUGGACUCACCAUGUCCGGCGCAGCAGUUAUUACCAUGUUUAUGGAAUGGAGGAGAAGCCAUGCUCAUCACCAGCCAGCAAUCACUCAGGUGGCUACACCACCGUUUCAGACAAUAGAGUAGGAGAUUCUAAAUGAGAUUGAAAACUAUAAACUUUUGUUGUAAGUUGAGACUGUGCUAUCAUGUGUUAUUGUUUUGAUUCUAAAUGAGAUGAACGUUAGUGUAUGAAAGUUUGGAUAUUUCACACAUUUGUUAGACAAAAUUUAAGGUGAAAAUACAUUAAACGAUGGUUAAAUACUAAUAAUAUAUUCAGUAAAUAAUUAUGAAUAUAUAAUACCCUGUAGUCAGAAUUCAAAAUACACGUUUCGUGGUCUGUUGUGACUUCCUCGUAUAACAGAGAAAGGACUCCACUUUUGAACCCUCUAAAAUACAUGUUUAUUCCAAACGAGUUUUAAUAGUGGUUUUUUACUUUUAAUGUUUAUUAAAUAGUAAUCUUUUGAGAAACUCACACGUACGUAAACGGGAUCGUACGUCGGUCCAUGCAAAUAACUAGUCACUCACGUAAUCGUUAAGUGUACGUUUCAUAUUAGUUAUGAGGUUUUUGCCAUAUUUGUUCGGCUAAUUAUGUUGUGUACAUAAUCAUAUAUAUAUACACAUCACACGUAAGAAAAUCCUUUAUAUACGUAUAGUUCUUUCAUUAAAGCAUUCACUAAAUCAUAUCAUACGUAUGUUUCUCUCAGCUAUGAUAUAUGCAUAUGAUUAAGGGAAUUGAUCAGUAGAAGACAUGAAUGGUUACGAUUAGCCUAAUCUGCCCCCACUAGCUUUUGAUUAGUGUUAAAUAAUCCAAACAACUGUAUUCACGAAGGAGCCGAUCGAUAACAUUACAAUCAAUUAAUCAUUUCUGGUCAUGACUAUCCCGAACGAGUGAUUUUUAGCAGAAGAAAAAACUAUAAUUGUUGGUUGCUAUAUCAUCAGCAUUGGAUCAUACUCACUAGAAGAUUCUAACAGAUUGAAAGUGACAAUGUUCUGCAUUAAGUAGGUUGUUAAAGUAUACAAACGCAGUACAUACACCAUACACCGAACACGACUACCAUAUGCAUGCUUUUCUCAUAGACAUGACUCAGCCUUGCAAAAAGGGAAAAAAGAAGAUGUUUUAUCGUGAUGAAAGCUGUGCUUUCUUGCAAAACAUGCUUUGCUCCUCGUUAAAUAAGUAAAUUCACUUCAAAUUUCAUUAGAUACCAACAAACAACCAAAACAAACACAAAAGAAAAAUACAAUUUCUCUCUGUUUUUUCUGUCAUGGCUGCUGAUAAACUCGGAGAUGAAUGGAUCAGCCUAGUAAUCUACAUCAGCAUUCCAUUGUGUUGCUUUCUGCUUACUGUAGCAUUCCAAUGCUGCUGUAACAGCCAGGACCGUAGGGUUCACCCUGCUCCCCCAGAGGAUGAAGAAGAAGAAGGCCAUAUUUAACACAGGUUCUUCAGGUCCUUAGAUCCAUUACAUACAAUAUAUAUAAUAAUACUCUUAUGUAUUGGACCGAUAUGCUUACCGAAACUGAAGGAUAUAGAGAUAUCUGAACCAGAGUCGACACCGAGAAGAGCUGGAGCGGAUUAAUUGGGCUUUAAGCGCUCAAAUGCAUCAGUGGUCCGAUCU